AUGAGCCGGCAGCCGUCGUCCCUGGGGAGACCAACCUCAGGUAAAAGGAGACUAAAAGAGCUUAUGGUUCAACCUGAUAAUCGUGUAUGUGCAGAUUGUGGUGCUCCGGAUCCAAAAUGGGCAUCAGCAAAUAUUGGAGUCUUUUUGUGCUUGAAGUGCUGUGGUGUCCAUAGAAGCCUUGGUGCACAUGUUUCUAAGGUUUUGUCUGUUACUUUAGACGACUGGUCUGAUGAUGAAAUCGAAGCUAUGUUUGAGGUUGGUGGAAAUGCAUCUGCAAAUUCUAUUUACGAGGCUUAUCUUCCUGAAGGUGUGUUUAAGCCAAAACCAGAUGCUUCCCAUGAAGAACGUUUAAAAUUUAUCAGGUCAAAAUACGAGCAUCAAGAGUUUUUGAAACCUAGCCUGCGUAUUCUUUCAUCUUCCGAAAAGGCUUCUUUACAAGCAAGUCUAUCCAGGAAGAAUGUGGAUAGGGCUCGAAGUUCAAGCUCAAACUGGAAUGACUUGGCGGAUAUUGUUGGGACCUUAAAGGUAAAAGUGUUGAAAGGCACGAAUUUAGCUGUGCGGGAUAUGCUAUCGAGUGAUCCAUAUAUUAUAUUGACUCUUGGACAGAAGCAAGUGAGAACCAGUGUCGUUAACAGCAACUUGAAUCCCAUCUGGAACGAGGAACUGAAGCUCGAUGUCCCGGGAAACUAUAGCUCGAUUAAACUGCAAGUGUAUGAUCACGACAUGUUUUCUGCUGACGACAUAAUGGGAGAGGCGGAGAUAGAUAUACAGCCGAUGAUAACUUCUGCAAUUGCGUUCGGAGAUGCUGGCAUGUUCGGGGACAUGCAGAUCGGGAAAUGGCUGAAAUCUUACGAUAAUGCCCUUAUAGAGGAUGCCACCGUGAAUAUCGUUGGGGGGAAGGUGAAGCAGGAGCUCUGGCUCAGGCUUCAGAAUGUCGAGUCGGGAGAGGUCGAGCUCGAGCUGGAGUGGGUCCCACUUCAUCAAUGUUAG